CCGCGCCUUCUUUGUUCUUUGGCAACAACAAAAUAUAACAUAACUGGAAAACCAAUCCUUUUCCAAUUUUAUCAAAAAAAAAACAAUCCUCGUAUUCAGAUUACGAAAGACUCAAAUCAAUCAUGGACCGAAACAACGGAUACACAUACAUUAGACGCCAAGGACAAACGAUAAAUUCACCUUCGAAUAAUGAUGGCAGAACAAGUUCAUCGAUACCAACUAGAGAACCUCUCACUCAGCAUGAUGAAUUGAUUCGCUAUAUCAAAGAAGCAUGGCACAAAGUGAAUGAACAAGGACCACAUGGAGCUCCUGUCAUCUAUAGAAAUGAAUCUGAUCAAUUAAAAAAUUUCAAACCUUUCGAUUUAGAAGAAUAUUGGGGCCAACGUCUCGUUCAAAAUAUCCACGUUUCCCAUGGACAUCAAUAAUAAUUUGAAAUAUUAUUAAAUAAUAAUUAUUUAAAAAAAAAAAACAAAAA